GUGAGGACGGACAGGUCGACAGGCAAUUAACAAAAUGCGAUUUUUUAAAAAUGUAGUCUCUAAAACGACUUACAGUUACUAGACACUGACAUGUCUAUGAGAGAUAGGCCUACUUUUUAACUCGGUAAAGAAAUUAAGAAUGACCCGGAAACAACCUGAAUUUUAUUUUGUUUCACUUUGAAAAUGGCCGCUUCAACAAAUAACCAUAACACUGGAGAAGAUGAUAAGCUGUUGAGUUUAGAGACAUUGAAUAAUAGAUUAUCUCCUGACUUGUGGCCUGAGAAAAUCCCAGGAGUUACAGAGUAUGAAGUUGGCAAACAUUCAAAAAAUGCAGGGACACCAAGGUGGCUAGCUGACUUGGAAAAAGAUGACAUCAAUCUCUUGCAAGAAUUUGGUAGCUUAACUCUAUCCCAGUUGAUGGAGAAAGUCAGAGGACUACAAAAUUUAGCCUAUCAGCUUGGUCUGGAAGAAGCAAGGGAGAUGACCAGAGGAAAAUUUCUAAACAUUUUGGCCAAACCAAAGCAGCAGAGAUAAGCUAUCUUGCCAGUUUCGGAUUUCUUUAUGUUUGAUCUAAUCAUCAUUCUUAUAUUUUCUGUGAAAAUGGUGCAAUUUCUUUGUAAAUAAAUAAAAUGUAAAAAUAAGAUAAUCUGUG